AUGCCUUUUCUCCAAGCUCAGCUGGCAAGGGUUCGUGGACCCUUCGGGAAGAAACUUCCCAUUUCGUCUGUCACAAGAGACCACCUAGAACGAUUGGGUGUGACACAGGGGUCGCUAGAUUUUUAUGAGGGAGCCAUCGUGAGGCUCGCAUCCACUGGGCCGCCAGACCAACUAGAGGCGCUCGCCGGACGACUGGCACAGAUCCUUAAUAACAUCAGUAUGGAUAAUGAGAGAGGUGCACGGGUGCUCAUGGAUGAGAUGUUGAGGUCUGCAGUGCAUACUGCUGCUCAACCUUUCCUUGCUACUGUCAUCGUCCCUGAUAUGAAACUUGCAAUAGAUACAGGCGAAGGAAUCACCAUCCACCACCCUGAGACGGGUUACCAACUAUCCAUCACUGGCCAUAUUGAUUAUACCCUCGUCGGAUGUCUACCAGAGAAUAGAGCAGCUGACAAUCUGGCUCAUUACCUCCCUGAGGCAGUCGCCCAAGCACUCACCUUAAUCACGUACAGCGGCACAGACAAGGUGUACUUCUGUCUCACCACAGGAUUGACCUGGAUCUUUGUCAUUCUCGUGAAGAACGGCACCGGUAAUUUCGUAUAUUACCAUUCUCAACCUCGCGUCAUCGACUGGCGCUUGUUAUCAUCGAGGUCGUACGGCCCAAACACGCUGCGCUCCCUUGACCAGGUCAUGAAGCUCAUACAGGAGUGGCUUACGCCAAGUAACGGGUCAUUUGACCUACUUUUUCAACUUGCGCCAUCAGUAGACGAAUAA